AUGUCAGACAAACCAAAUAUCCCUGCACCUAAUUCAUUGGUCAAAUAUGCAAGUGCCACUUUGGUUUCUACGUCUGGAAAGCCUAUUAAAGAUAAAAAGAAAGGAAGAGAUGCUGCUCCAUAGUCAAUUACUAAUGCAUAAACAGAGGAUAUAUUGAAUUCAAUUCUUCCUCCAAGAGUAUUUAUUUUAUGAACUAAAUUAGGAAUACACAAUGGAAAAAUAAUAAUUAUGGAUUCAAUGUGUUUCAUCUACUCCAGCCAAAAGAGUAAAUCGAAUUUAUAUUCAAAAUAGGAAGAUGUUAUUCUUCUUUAAGAAAAUUUAGAUAAAAAAUUAUAAUAGAGAUAAGCUAGAGAGACUGGUAUAUGUCCUAUUCGAGAGGAAUUAUAUGCAUAAUGUUUUGAUGAACUUAUAAGACAAGUAUUAUAUGUAAGUUACAAUUAGAUUACAAUUAAUUGUGCUGAAAGAGGUUUAUUAUUAGUUCGAGUCAGAGAUGAAAUUAGACAAACAAUAUAAGCUUAUUAAACUUUGUAUGAAAGUUCUAUUGCUUUUGGAAUGAGGAAAGCUUUAUAAGCAGAACAAAGAAAAGUAAAAAUAUUAAUAAAAUGAUUAGACUGAUUAUAAUAAUAAAAUAAAGUAAUUAGAAACUGAAUGUCAAGAUUUAUCAAAAUAGGUUGAAAAAAUAGAGAGUACAAUUGAAGAUAUGCAAAGAUAAGAUUAAGAAUAAUAAGAACAUGAAGAAGCUAAACAUAGAGAUUAAGUCAAUUUCUUAAAAAAUGCAAAUAAAGUAUACAAAGAAGAAUUAGAGAAAUUCCUUACAGGAGCUAAUGUUAAAAAAUGA